ACGCUUUACACCAUCGCCUUUCUUGCGAGUCGUCACUGAGAACCUUCGCUCCCGCUGACGCCGACUUGACCAAAACACGAUUCACGAUACCUUCGAGAGCCAUCAUCGCGUGGCUGCACAUCCGCUACCGUUCGAGGCACAUGCUGGCAUGACAAGAGUUACGAGUGAGAAGGACCGCGUCGGCUUUAGGGGCGAGCGGGGCGCGGCGUGAUUGGUAGAAAUGGCUUCAGAGACACAACCGGCGCAAGUUGCGCCCACGGCGUCACCGCCCGAGAAGAAUGGUAGCAGUGGUGGCAGCGCACCAAAGCAACCGCUGAAGAGGGCAUGCGAUUGCUGCCGUAAGCGCAAGGUGCGAUGCGACGGACAGGACCCAUGCACACCGUGCAAGAAAGCCAGCAUCCGCUGUGCUUAUUUGGCCAUACCUAAGAAGAAGGGGCCGAAGGGCCUAAGGAGUGCGCGAGUGCUACAUGCACUGAGGCGUAUAGACGACGAUGCAUCGUCGAACACACACAGCUCGGCCAGUCCGCCCUCUCCUCGUCAGGCUUUUGGCAGUAAUUGGGGAUGGGGGACGAAUGGCAGCGUGCCGCCAGGUGCGACACCAUAUCAAGGACAACACGGUCGAGAUGCCAUCUAUGCGCAGCCCACGAGCGUAGCACCGGACCAGCCGACAUAUUACCAGCCCAUGCCGACUUCAAUGCCACAGCCACAUGUGCACGCGGUCAAACCGGAGCCACAGACGCAACGGCCACUACCUCCCACACCACCACAGCGCAGCUGGACAGGCAAUACACAGCAGACCGCAUCGGCUGUCGGAAGCGAUGGACACUCGCGCGUAUACUCGCCCAGUGCUUCAGAGCAUCACAGCCACCGUGCGCUACCCCCAGAGACGUUCCUACCGUUCGUACAGCUCUUCUUCGAGCACAUGUUCGCGAUAAUGCCUAUUCUGGAUCGAUCAGUGUUCCUGGAUUCAGGCGUUUAUUCCAAUCACAAUAUGAGUUCUGAAAUGUAUGCUUUCUUGUGUGCGUUGUGCGCAACCACAGUUAUUCAGCUGGACACCUCGAUACCGCAGCCGCCAUCAAUACACCCGGUCAAGAGAAACGACGCAGUCUUUGCCGAGGAAUGUCUCCGCGAGCGAAAGAAUUUCGACUAUCCCGAGCAAGCUACGACUUUGAAUGUGAUGACCAGCUUCUUCCUGUUCUGCUUCUACGGUAAUCACGAAAAGCACAAUCAGGCCUGGUACUUUUUGCAAGAAAGCAUUACCUUCUCGGAAAACAUGUGCAUGGACGAUGAAGAGGAAUACGACAAGCUUGACCCGAUAGAUGCGCAAUGGCGACGACGUUUGUACUGGCUACUGCUCAUCACCGAGAGAGCCUAUGCAGUCCAGCGGAGAAAACGAACUCGACUCAGCGCAUCCGUUUCGCUACCAGCUGUAUUCGAAAGCGAGGAUCCGCAGCUACUGAAUGGCUUUGUGAAUCUGGCGAAUCUGUUUAGUGCUGUCGAUGAUAGCUUCGUGAGUGCGUGGCGUGGCACUCGGAGAGCCAGUCUGUGUGAUGAAGCUUGGCUCGUGCGCACGCAAAAGCAGCUUGACGAAAGCGUGAACGCGAAUCUGGUCGGUGCGCUCAGCGAAACGCAACAACUUGACAUUAGUAUCACGCGCGAAUGGUUACACGUGCUGGCUUGGCAAAUGGGAGUGAGCAACGGCCUGAUCUGGGGUCAGGGCGAAGCCGGUAUGAGACUAGACUAUCCAGUUGAGCUGGCACGGAAAGUCGUAGAGAUCACUUCCGGAGCAAGUGCGCUUGCUUUGGACUCUCACGGCAUUGGCAUGGAGCAGAAGAUAUCUGAUAUCGCCGGAUGCCUUGCAGACGUCUUGCGCUGUACUGCCGGUGAUACAUCGGCAACGUUUCUUGAAGGCAAGCACUAUCUUCAUGUGCUGUUGAAUCGUCUAUCUUCCAUGCGCGGCAAAGAAUCACGCUAUCUGAAGCCUCUGAUGGCGAAAGUGGAGGGUUUAGCUGGGUUUGAGAUGCAGAGCGUUACACUGCCGCCACCUGACGAGCAGCGACAAAUAUUCGCGCCGGGAAACAACUCAAAUGCCCAGCUGCCAAGCAUCUUCAGCACAAACGUCGACGGCAGAACGAGUCCGCAAUGGAGCAUGAGGCAAAGCGUCAGCAUGCUCCGAACACUGAGCAUGUGCGGCAAUCUCGGAAUGCCAAACAUCGCAGUGAUGGAAGACGGUGGCUGGGACCAACAGAGGAGACCCAGUGUGAGGCCGCUGGCAGAAGAUGAGCUCGGCAUGCUUCAACCUUGGUUGCAAGUUGGGCCAAUGUGAGCGAAGUACUGAAACAUCUGUUGUGCAGGUUAUGUUUUACGAGGGACGAUUGCAUGAAACGAGGGCAUCUGGUGCAAACAGCGUGCGAGCGCUUUACGAAUAUACGACUCAAACGUGUACACAUUUCAGCAUCCUCCGCACUGUUACUCUCAAGGGCCAUCUGAGCAGUCGAAGUGAGCGCGGCUCAUCUUGAAUCGGGUCUGAGUGGACAGGGAAAGAAUUGUGAGGCUCAUUGGUUUCACUUCACCUGAACACCCACACAUCUUGCGUGCCGUUCCACUGAUACCACCGCCAACGCUACAGAAACACCACAACUUGAAGAGUUCUGCCAUCAUGUGGAGCGAGCAAGGCGUUCGGGUAGAGCUUAGGUCCGUGGCGGACGACGCAAUUAUGGAAGAGCACACGAAUCAUCACUUCCAGUUCCCAGGCGGGGUGACAACCAGUCGACUGAUAUCCGGCGCCUCCGGGAAGGCAUUCAAGGUCUGCCUGGAAUUUGACCCAGAGUUCCGACAGUAUACAG